UGAUGGAUCUGGGAAAGCUUAUCCACGCGUCUCCUGAGCGGUAUUCGGCAGGAUUCGCGGCCAUUAAAGCCGCGAUUGGGAAGAACAACAUAGUCAAAGACUAUCUAUUCUAUGCAACAAAGGUCCCAGACUCUCUCCUGUGUGAGUCGGGGGCCGAGUUACGUGUGUUGGGGAUAGGGAGUGGAUCAGGAGAGGUUGACAGCCUCUUUCUCAAGAAGCUUCUGAAACGUCACAGCAGUGUGUACAACAGGGUGGUGGAACCGUCGGGAGAAAUGGUAGACCGAUAUAAGGCACUGGUGCAAGAAGACGCGAGUCUCGGUGCUGUGAAGUUUGACUGGCGCCAGCAGACAGCAGAGGAGUACUUCCAGACAAAGGACGACACCAAGUUCCAUCUGAUCCACGCGGUCAACAUUCUGUAUCACGUAGACCCACUGCACGACACCUUGCGGAACAUGUGGGAACAGCUGGCCGACGGUGUUUGCAUGCUAGUAGUCGUCAUGGGGUCAGAUAAGUGUGACUGGAUGAAGCUGUGGUACAAGCUGUGGGAAGAGUUCGGCCAACCGGGUGACCGUUUGAUGACGUCACUCCGCACAUCCGAUGACGUCACACAGUGGUUUGACACACAGGACAUCGGUUACGUCACGGAUUUGUGUGAAAACAUCGUGGACGUCACAGAGUGCUUUGAGGAGGGCUCGGAAACAGGAGCGAUGCUUCUGGACUUUUUGGCACAAACACCUUACGUGUCCAGUAAACCAGGAAUAAGAGCAAUGGUUCUGGAGUAUAUCCGGCGUAAUUCGUUGGUAGUUGAUGAUAAGAUACUCUUCAAAAGUGCCACAGAAGUUAUCAUUGCUUUCAAAGAGGGCACAGAAGAAAUGUAAAGACAUCGUUAGAUAGAUAUAGAAAGACUUUAUUUUUCACAUCUAGAUGGCUCUUAACAUUACGUCAAUGCAAGUUGAUGUUGUAUAUGUAUGUAAGCCUUCUUUCUUAAAGAUAAAUUCUAAAGUUUUGAAGUAUCAAAUGUCAUGUCCCAUAGCCUUACGAAAGGUGUAAACAAGUUCUCUUCCUCACCCCAAAAACAAUGUUCACAACUCAAAUGUCGGGGCAUAAUUAUCAAAAAUAAAGUGUCAAAAUUCAAACCGUUUGUUAUUUAUUACAGUAACGUUAGGUGAGAGAGAAGGAAAAUUGAGCUUCGACCUGAGGUGUGUGGGUCAACUUGCUCUGCCAUGGUGAAAGUCAGACACCCACAUCUGGCUAGUUGAAAUAUGAAAGGAAUCAUCAUCAAACAUUUGGCAAUGCCAAUUUAAACUCUUGCAUAAGUUUCUAGCUACAAACAGAAUGCUGUAUAUUUGGAACAUCAAAAGUAGUUCGAAAUGUUCUCUGUGGGGGGAGGAUGACGAAACAGCGAAACAGUUAUUUUGGAAUUGUCACAUUGUAUUUUUAUUUUGGAAAAGGUUCAAAUUUGGUAUAAUUCCAUAACAGGACACUACCUAGAUAUAAACAACCCAUUGAAUGUAUUACUAGGCGAUUUAUCAAGUGAAACACCAGUAAUUGCUAAUGUUAUAAUUCUAUUGGGCAAAAUAUAUAUCUAUAAAAACCGGGAGACAUCGAAUCUAUCCAUCCACAUGUUUAUUGCCUUCGUUAAAUAUGUGCAUAAAAUGAAAAAAAAUAUCGCAACAGCUAAAAACAAAAUUAGUAAACAUAACAAAAAUUGGGAACCCUUAUACCUGUUUCUGUAAUAUCACUACCACAAGUACUCACCUGUCAGUGUAUGUGCACUUGUAUGUUCUUGUUUAAGUUUUCUUGUAUUGUAUGUUUUUUUUUGUUUAUCUGAAUAAAGUAAAAAUUGAAAAAAUAAUUUAAAAAAACAUUUGGCAAUGUCUUUGAAUGUUUCAUAUAAUGGCGACCCACCAAGGCCACUCGACCCAAACAGCUCUGAUCACAGUUCACCCUUUUAUUUCUUACCACUUACCUUAACUGCUUUUCAAAAGGACGUCGUCUGGAAUGUAAUGCAAUGAACGUCAUCACCACAAUACACUUGCCCUGAGAACAUACAUGUACUCAGGAAACAAAUCAUCAAGGGUAUAACGAAAAGUAUCCAACUGCUGAUCUUUUUUUUUUUAAUUUCUGUUGGGACAUGAUAGACAAACAAUUGUUAAAUGCAGCAUCCUGUUAUGCUUGCCAUGGCAACGAUGGUCCUACAGUUGUUCAUCUCUCGUCUCACGUUGAAGGUACUCAUUACGGACUCUUAGCUGACUCGCUAGAUACCCCUUUCCAGACUUUUACAGGAUUUCUGAUGCUUCAUAUCUCUGCAUGAUCAGAUAUCAGUAGCUUUCAGUAGGUCACAGAUGUCUAUACCAUACCUUAAUAUCAAUCAUCUUAGGGAUUCAUUCACAACUUCCUGAGUUGCAGUCUGCAAAAAAAAAAACA